AUGGAGCUUGAUGUUAGUAUCCUAACCGUAACGGACUGGUACGCAAUAGGGUUGACGGGCUUUCUCGUGCUGCUAGCCCUGCGGCGUGUCAUACGGAUCAUUCUCCGUUGCCUAUGUCCACCGGCCUUACGCAUCUACAGGCUCCCCUUCUUCGGUCGCCUGGGAAGAAGAAUCUCUCAAUGGGUGGUGAUGCGUCUGGCGUAUAGGGGUCCAUUCCGUCGCGGAAGUAGCGUGGAUAUUAUAACCUGGGCUCAUCUUUUCAUGUUUAUCUUUUACCUUGCACCAAACCUGUGCUGCGUCCUCAUCAAUGCCAAGGACAUAGCAGAGGCCUGCUCUAGAGCGGGCAAGCUAGCAUUCAUUAACCUCAUAAUCAUGUAUAUUAGCCCCUGCCUCGACUUCAUCGCUUCCGUCUUGCGUUUUCGGCUUCGUGCCCAGAGACGAAUACACGCCAGUGUAGGGUACGUGGUUGCCAUGCUGUCCACCAUCCACGUCGUAGGAUCGUUCUCCAGACACGGAUGGUCUAUUGUAAAUCAGGAGCACAAUCGUUAUGCUGCUUUAGCGCUUGCCGGGAUCUACUUCGUCCUCAUACCUAUCAGGACGUUCCCGUCAUGGAUUCCUUAUGAGAUGCUGCUGUCCGUUCACUAUCUUGCAGCAGGAUGGUUGGGCUUCGCCAUGUGGCGCCACAUUCCGACCGACACGAACUUUUCUCGCAUCUUUCUCUAUGUGAUCUCCGGCAUCUUCGUAGGCUCCCUGACCUGGCAGGUCGGGGAGACUGUGUAUACGAACGGUUGGUGGUUUCAGUCGGUGUCCCUCGGUCAGAAUGGUAGCUACGAUUACAUUCAGGUCAGGAUGGCGCUGCGAAAGCCAGUCAAGGUCGAGCCUGGGCAAUACAUUAACCUAUGGAUCCCGUUGGGCCCGCUAUCAGGGGUCCAGAGCCACCCGUUCACCGUUGCCAACUGGUCAACCCAUGCGCAAACAGAACUGAAGGUGUUUGUCGAUGUCAACCGCGGCCUCACCAGCAAGUUACGGGAUGCAGUGAAGCGUGGCUUGAAGUCCAACAUUGGUCUUUACAUGGGCCCUUACGGAUCUACAACCGACAUGAAAGGGUAUGAAACGAUCCUGCUGGUUGCCACAGGCCUAGGUGUGGUGGCUGUCGCGCCGUAUCUACAAUGGCUAGUGCAUGCGAUUCGGGCGCGUGGAAUCUGUAGCGCGCCCAUACAUCUCAUCUGGCAUAUCCCGUCCUGGAAACAAUCACAUGCGGUUUUUGAUAUAAUCGACUUUGCCCUUGCCCUUGACGAAGGCGAUGACACGAAGGAGGGAGGCAGAAAACCCCCGCAAAUAUCGGGUUUAAAGAUUUCCAUGUGUUACGAGGAGGAAAACUCCUUAUUGCCCCCGAAAGUCCAGCUGUUCAUCCAGGAAAUGGAAAAGAAGGAAAGUGAGAAGCCAGGUAGGACUAGGAUCAAGGUUUACAAACGUCACUUGCCUCUCGAGACACUUUUGAUCUGCGAUGCAGUCAUGACCCCGGCUCAUGACGACUCCGAGAAGCCCACCAUGAUCGCAGCGUCGGUUUCCAAAGAUAUGAGGAACACGCUCGUCGAAUUUGCAGAAGAGCAUUCGCGCGCUGUCGACCUAGUGUUUACAGAUUAUCAACCUUGA